AUUCAUUACUUGCCACAUGAGUUUUUUUUUUCUGGAAUAAUGCUAUGAUUCAAAGAAGUUCUUGUUCUAUGAUUGGUGGGUGCUUGUUCCUAACCAAUGCCUAUGCCAUUGCUUUUUCCUCAAAACGACCACAUUUCUCCCAAGCUUCUAUCAGCUCUGUCAAAAACGAUUCUUCAUCACAGGCAACUGAACAAAUCAAAUGGCAACAUGAAAAAGGUCAAACUAGCCACAAUCAGACCGUACAUUUUCUCAUCAACCCGUAACUACACACCUCAUCGCCCAUCAAAUGUAUUCCCGCCAAAUCAAGAACACUACAUUACCCACCAAACUCCCACCAUUCUGUCCUCAGCUCUUCAACACUACAUCAACUCAGAUACCCCUUUUCAUGGCCAAAAGAUCCAUACCCAUAUUUUGAAAACUGGGUUUCGACCCAAUAUUAAUAUCUCUAUCAAACUUCUGAUCCUCCAUUUAAAAUGUCGGUGUCUGAAGUAUGCGCACCAGCUGUUUGAUGAAUUGCCUCAACGAACUCUUUCAGCUUACAAUUAUAUGAUUGGUGGGUACUUGAGACAAGGGUUAUUUGAAGAGUCGAUUAGUAUGGUUCGUAGGUUGGAUCUUGAUGGUGAAAGGCCUGAUGGGUUUACCUUUUCGAUGAUUUUAAAGGCUUCUACUAGUGGUGCUAAUGUUAUGUUGCCCCGUAAUACAGGGGGUUUAGUGCAUGCCCAGAUAUUGAAACUAGAUGUUAAGGCCGAUGAUGUUCUAUAUACAGCGCUUGUUGAUUCGUAUGUGAAGAGUGGGAAGGUUGGCUAUGCAAGGAAAGUUUUUGAUCUGAUGUUGGAAAAGAAUGUGAUUUGUUCGACAUCGAUGAUUUCUGGGUACAUGAAUCAAGGUUUUGUGGAAGAUGCUGAAGAUAUUUUUGGGAAGACAAUUGAAAAAGACAUCGUAGUUUUUAAUGCAAUGAUUGAAGGUUAUAGCAAGUCUGUUGAAACAGCUAUGAAAGCUCUUGAGUUUUAUGUUGAUAUGCAACGGUUUGGCUUUAGGCCUAAUGGAUCCACUUUUGCAAGUGUCACUGGGGCUUGCUCUGUGUUGGCAGGAUUUGAGAUUGGUCAGCAAGUUCAGUGCCAGCUUAUGAAGAGUGGGUUUUUCAACGGUGUAAAAAUGGGAAGUGCUCUUAUAGACAUGUAUUCAAAAUGUGGUAGAAUUGAGGAUGCAAGAAGAGUUUUCAACUACAUGCCAGUGAGAAAUGUGUUUUCCUGGACUUCAAUGAUUGAUGGAUAUGGGAAGAAUGGAGAACCCUGGGAAGCGCUUGAGCUAUUUCAUAGGAUGCAACAGUGUAAUAUUGAGCCCAAUUACGUUACUUUCCUUGGUGCUCUGUCAGCCUGUGGACACGCUGGCUUGGUCACUAAAGGCCGUGAGAUCUUUGAUAGUAUGGAGAGAGAUUAUUCCACGAAACCAAGGAUGGAGCAUUAUGCUUGCAUGGUUGAUUUGUUAGGCCGUGCUGGAAAUUUACAGCAGGCAUGGGAGCUUGUUAAAGGAAUGCCUGAGAAGCCAAAUUCUGAUGUUUGGGCAGCUCUGCUUAGUUCUUGUAAUAUGCAUGGCGACGUAGAAAUGGCACGUAUAGCUGCCAAUAAACUUUUUAAGAUAAAUGCUAUAGGUCGACCUGGUGCGUAUGUUGCUUUAUCGAAUACCUUGGCUGCUGCUGAGAGAUGGGAUAGUGUGAGUGAGCUUAGGGAGAUGAUGAAGUUGAGAGGGAUAUCAAAAGAUACUGCUUGCAGUUGGGUUGGGACUGAAGUUGAUUUAUAAGGUUUCGAGUUGCGCAAAAGAUGUGAAGUUGCAUAUUAAAUGAGAAGGGCUAUCUGUUUGAAUUUAUUUCUACAUCAUUGUUCACACGAGUCAUUUAUCUAAGGGCAUUUUUGAAAAAUAUAUCCAAUUUUGUUGCACUUUGCUCGUAUUGCUGCCAUUGAAGCUUGCAAGAUACACUAGACUAAUUUACAUUCUCAAUCAUGAAAUUGAUUUUACUAUUACAA